GCUUGAAAAGAUAUUCACGGAACGGAAAAUCUUUGCUCAGCUAGCGAUGUGAAUAUAUAAAAAAACAUCCUCAUUUCAGUGGGCAAUGAGGUGGAUUCCGACAUGUCCCUUAACGACUACGUGCGAGAGGUGCUGAACCUCCGCGGCACCAAGUACAUGUGCAAGGAGGGCGGCUGCGGAGCCUGCAUCGUCAAUGUGCGCGCCAGGGACCACACUGGACAUCCACGCACUUUUUCCGUCAACUCUUGCCUGGUGUCAAUAACAUCAUGCCAAGACUGGGAAGUCACGACCAUAGAAGGCAUCGGGAACAGGGGACGGGGGUACCACCCGGUGCAGAAGGUGCUGGCUGAACAUGACGGCUCACAGUGUGGCUACUGCUCGCCAGGGUGGGUCAUGAGCAUGUACAGUUUACUUGAAUCAACGAACUAUGAUUUGACGGAACAUGAAGUUGAGAAUUCAUUAGGAAGCAACACAUGCAGAUGUACUGGUUACAGGCCAAUUCUUGAUGCUUUCAAGUCAUUUGCAAAAGAUUCACCCAAACCUAAACUCCCAGAUAUUGAAGAUUUUAAACUGUGUAAUAAGAAAAAAUGCGAAAGCGCCUGUGAUAAAACAUGGUGUUUGGUCAAAAAAGAAGAUUUAGAUGAUGCUAUCAAAAAGAUACAUUUGAAAGAUGAUCGUAUUUGGUACAGAGUACAGCGAGUGGAGCAAAUUUUUCAAGUGCUAAAAGCUGAGGGCGUUGAUUCUUAUAUGCUCGUCAAUGGAAAUACUGGUAGAGGAGCUGUACCCAUUUUUUCCUUUCCAAGAAUUCUCAUUGAUAUAAGUUCCAUACAAGAAAUAAAGGGAUACUUCAUAGACCAGAAUUUAUGUGUUGGUGCUGGUACUACCUUGACGAAUCUAAUGGAAUUAUUUGGAAAGAUCUCGAAGGAGAAUGAGGACUUUGCGUACUUAGAAAAACUUUGUGAACAUCUUGAUUUAGUUGCACAUAUACCUGUCCGAAACAUUGGCAGCAUUGCUGGAAAUCUGAUGGUGAAACACAGGCUGAACACUUUUUCAUCUGAUAUUUUUCUAUUGCUAGAGACUAUAGGCGCAAUCCUAACUAUAGUUAGUGCGACUAAUAGUCAAGAUGUAACAUUAUUAGAUUUCCUAUCAUUGGAUAUGACUGGAAAAGUAAUAACUUUAGUUAAAAUUCCUCCAUAUGGACACAAUCAUGAAUUCGUAUCGUUCAAGAUAAUGCCUCGAUCGCAAAAUGCCCAUGCACAAGUAAAUGCAGCGUUUCUGUAUGAGUUUGAUCAACAUAAUAAAGAUGUAGUCCUAUCUGCGAGAAUUGUUAUCGGAGGUUUAUCGGCUAAAUUUGUGCACGCAACUCAUACUGAGAAAUUCUUGGAAAAGAAGAAAAUAUUCACAAAUGAAAUAUUACAAAAGGCCCUUCAAGUUCUAAAUGAUGAACUGAUUGUUGAAGACAUUGCUGGUGAAAUGAAACCCGAGUAUCGACGAAAGUGCGCUCUGGGGUUGUUCUAUAAGGGUCUACUUAAUCUAAUCCCUCAAUCUCAAUUAAAGCCUUGGUACCGAUCUGGUGCUAGAGAUUUUCGUAAAACUAGACCUGUAUCAAAAGGAUCUCAGGUAUAUGACACGAAUCCAAUAGUAUGGCCCGAUAACGAACCAAUGCCAAAGCGAGAAGCUCUUAUACAAUGUGCAGGUGAAAUUAAAUACGUAAAUGAUCUUGUAACACAGCCACAAGAAGUGUUUUGCGCUUUUGUUACUUCAGAUAUUUGCACUGGUGAGCUGGAAAGUAUUGACCCCACGGCUGCUUUGAAAAUACCAGGAGUUGUGGCAUUUUUCUCUGCCAAAGAUAUCCCGGGAAAGAAUAAUUUCUUAUCUCCGAAAGUACUUACGCAAGUAUUUCCUGAAAUAAUAUUUGUAGAAAAAGAAAUAUCGUACUAUGAUCAGCCAUUAGGUGUCAUAGUGGCAGAAACAGAAAAGCUAGCCAACAGAGCGGCUUUACUUGUGCAAGUAAAAUAUAAAGCUGAUAAAAGAAAACCAAUUUUGUCAAUUAACGAGUUGAAAGAAAGAGAUCCUUCUCGAAUUCAACUUUUCCAAAUUAUACCUGCAAGAGACCGAGGUGUUGAUGUGCAACGGGUUAUCAAAGGGUCCCACAGUAUAUAUUGGCAAUAUCACUUUACAAUGGAAACUUUAUCCUGUAUAACUAGACCUAAUGAUGAUGGGCUGGAUGUGUUCUCCUCAACCCAGUGGCUCGAUUCGGUACACGUAGCUAUAUCUGAUGUGUUGAAUAUUGAACAAAAUAGAAUAAGUUUGAACGUGCCCCGUUGUGGAGGCGCAUAUGGCAUAAAGAUAUCGCGACCGAAUUAUGUAUCGACGGUCUGUGCUUUGGUGACAUAUUUAUUGAACAGGCCUUGUCGAUUUGUAAUGACCAUACAGGCCAAUUUGAGAUCUAUCGGGAAACGGCUACCUUGCACAGCUGAUUACGAUAUGGGUGUUAGUGACAGUGGUGAAAUACAAUAUUUAGAAUUUCAUGUGUACGAAGACAACGGCUAUACACUUGGUUCAGAUUUGGCUAUAACUUUUGUAGCAACAUCUUUGAAGAGUUGUUAUAACAACCUCAGGUGGCAAUCCAAAAUAUUUAACGCGUACACUGAUACUGCAUCUAAUGCUUAUGCCAGAGCACCAGGCGCACUAGAGGGUGUCACUAUGAGUGAGCAUAUAAUGGAGCGAAUAUCUUACGAAAUUGGCCGCGACCCUGUUGAGGUUCGAAUGAAUAACAUCAACAGAACAUUAACUGAUGCCAUGGACGUCAUCCAACAAGUUCUAAAAGACAGCGACUACUACAAGCGUAGAGAAGAAAUUGACAAUUUUAACAAAUCACACCGUUGGAAAAAACGCGGUCUUAGAGUAGCUUUUAUGAACUACCCUAUAACUCUUAUUACUGAUUACCAUGUUAUAAUGACAGUUUAUCAAGGUGAUGGUACCGUAGAUAUUAAAACUGGUGUUAUUGAAAUAGGUCAAGGAGUAAAUACUCAGAUUGCUCAAGUUGUUGCUUAUACUUUAAAAAUUUCUAUAGAUAAAGUUAGAAUCAAACCACCUGAUACAUUUAGUAAUCCAAAUAGUUUUUCCGUUGGAGGUACUAGAUCAACACAGGCAGCUUGUUUUGGUGCUAUCAAAUGUUGCCAGAUUCUUCUAGAACGACUGUCCGUUGUUAGGGAAACGUUGUCGAACCCAACUUGGGAACUAUUGAUAAGAACUGCUUAUAACCGAGGUAUUAACUUACAAACUAGUUAUCGAACUACAAACAACGAUCAGCAAUUUUAUAGAGUAUCUGGUGCAGCUGUCACUGAAGUAGAGCUAGAUAUUUUGACAGGGGAACAUGAAGUCUUAAGAGUCGAUAUAGUAGAAGAUGUUGGAACCGGUAUUAACCCUAAACUAGAUGUUGGCCAGAUUGAAGGUGCGUUUAUAAUGGGCCUCGGAUACUGGACGCACGAAGAAAUAUUGUAUGAUGAAAAAACCGGUGAAAUCUUAACCGACCGUACGUGGUACUAUCAUGUCCCGCACGCAAAAGAUAUACCCAUUGAUUUCAGAGUUUCACUGCGACGAAAUUCUUACAAUCCUGUCGGAGUCCUUGGUAGUAAAGGAGUAACUGAGCCACCAAUCUGCUUAGCGAUUUCUGUAGCAUUUGCGUUGAGGGAGGCCAUAGCUGCUUCCCGAGAGGACUCUGGCAUCCCCAGGACUCGAUGGUUUGAAGCAGAUGGGCCAUUUACUUUGGCACAAAAUGUUCUGAAAUCAGAAGCUCGUCUUGAAGAAUUUUUAUUUCAAUAAGUUUAAAUAUUCUACAUGAAAAAGCUUGACUACAGAAUUACGGAUUAAAAAGCGAUGGACAGGCGUCAAAAAAGAGAAAUCCAACGGUGGCAGAUUUAUGUAUACCUACUUACUGCGGCGGGCUUCCUCGCUAUCUAUUUUCAAAUAUUGCCGUGCUACUUAUUGAUCCAUCGUUAUCAGCUAUCUUUGAAAGUAGCUUCAUGACGUUAUUGAUAAGUUUUGAUAUGAAAUGUAAACUAAAAAAAAUACUGGCAUUGCAGUAGAUUAUAUCAGUGUGAGUAAUUUGGUUACGUAUAAACCAUAUGUGUAAUAUAUCUUAUGCUAUAAAAACUUAAUAUUUUCUUUGAUUAUUGAAACCAUAAUUCAUAUCUUAUGCUAUAAAAACUUAAUAUUUUCUUUGAUUAUUGUUAUAAAUGCUCCCAAAUACACAAAAAAUGUACAACAUAAUUGAUAGAUAGAUAAAUAAAACUCUUUAUUGCACCAUAAGAGUAAAACAUACAAAAGCAUGCCCAUGCAAUGCGCUAGUAGGUGUUAACAACAGAUAUACCGACAGAUACAUGUCUUGAAUCACAAAUUUAUUAUACAAAAAUUUAUCACGCCUUCUGCUUGGGUAGGCAGAGACUAUCUAUGGAUUUCCACUUGCUACGGCCCUUACAGACCCCUCCCUUGCCCUAUACACUUAUAACUGUUUUCAUGCAUAUUCGAUGAUUACGGGUACUUCUAUAUAUU